GACGCGGUAAGGAGGGGGCUGCGCGUUUGGGUCUCCCUCGGCUCCCGUUUCUCGGGACAGGUGGCCGCGCAGGAGCGCGUCAUGGACCUGGGGGCGCUGCGGAAGAGUUACCGGCGCGACGAGGAGGCCUUUGAGGAGAAACAGCUCGCCUCCCUCGACCCAAUCAAGCAGUUUUCUGUAUGGUUUGAAGAGGCCAUGCAGUGCCCCUCAAUUGGAGAAGUGAAUGCAAUGUGCCUGGCCACCUGCACCAGGGAUGGGAAGCCUUCUUCCCGGAUGGUGCUCCUGAAGGGGUUUAGUCAGAGUGGCUUUAGAUUCUUCACUAACCUUGAGAGUCGGAAAGGAAAGGAGCUGGACUCCAAUCCUUUUGCCUCAGUUGUCUUUUAUUGGGAACCCCUCAAUCGUCAGGUACGUAUUGAGGGCUCUGUGGAAAAACUCCCAGAGGAGGAAUCGGAGCAAUACUUCCGCUCCCGACCCAAAAGCAGCCAAAUCGGGGCAGUUGUGAGUCACCAGAGCACAGUGAUUCCAGACAGGGAGUAUUUAAGGAAGAAGAACUCUGAGCUAGAAGAGCAGUACAGGGAGGUGGCAGUUCCAAAGCCACCGUAUUGGGGGGGAUACAUCCUGAAACCAGAUGUGGUAGAGUUCUGGCAGGGUCAGACCAACCGCUUACAUGACCGCAUCAUCUUCCGGCGCCUCAGGGCUGGUUCUGCCUCCACAGGACCAAUGAGCCACAAGGGAGAGGGAGACUGGGUGUAUGAGAGGCUCUCCCCUUGAAGCCUGAGAGACAGUGGAAGCCUUGGCCACCACCUCAUUCCAUGCAGGGAGCUGGAACAUCUUCAAUGCCAACAAUACCCUUCUACCUCACCUCUCAUCUGGGAGCCCCAGAUCAGAGGUGGAUGGGGCUCCUUGUUGUGGCAGUCCAUCUUAUUUAACUCCGACAGAACAAAUGAAUAUUGGAGUGCUGAGACUGAAGUUCCCCUUUCUAAACCAGUCCAAGGUUCUCCAUCAGUGGGUCUCCUCUGGCGUACAGGGACAAUUGUAGGGCUGACGGCAGGUUAAUCUCCAUAGCUCAUCUUUGCACUUCUACCAAGCCUGCCCCCAAAGCGUCAAUGCCAGUCAUGGUAGCAACUUUUUGUCAUAUGGAUGCUUCUUUACAAAGAACAGGACUGAGACCCACCAAACUCAUUUAAUUAAGAAAGCUUCUGAAUGGCCACUGCCUAGUGUGAUUUUUGUUAACUGUACACACAGUCAAGGAAGUAGGUUAGUCUAGACAACCUUUUUGUUUUAACCUUGUGACAAGGGGAGUAGAGACAUUGUGUAUUUUAUCUGUAAUCAGGGAGCUAAUCCGUCCGGAAAUUAUGUGAGUGCGGUAAUGUAACCAAGUCUGAAUUUAAUUGGAACAGUCUUGCUUUAGGUUUUGUAUGUGUGAUGCAAUCAUUGUAGCUGUGACCUGUAUAUCCUUGAUACUGAAACUAUGUAUAGGGAGCUUGUCACCAGACUCCUGUGUGUCACAAAUGUGGUGGUGUCUCUCAUGUGGUGCCUUCUGGCUGCUAUUGGUACUAGUGUGCAAAGUAUCAGUGAAUGUAUAAAUUCUAAAAUAAAGUCCAGUCUGACAAGCAGAA